CAGCUUCAAAGUUCUGCUGCGACAUACAAGAGUUAUUACGUGUCCGGAAUCCGUCUCGUCGUCUUCCAGAGCAACUCCGCCUGAAAAUCCAACGGAAAACGGUAUUAUUUAAAGCCAAUUUAAAUAUGUCUUCAACGGAAUCUGAAAUACAAAUGGAGAAUAUUGGGGAACAAUUCACAGAAUAUUAUUUCGUGAAUCCAGAAGAUGUACUCGAAGAUUUUGCUCCAUGCGAUGUUACUUUAAAAGCAAAAGACGGAGGUCUUGUACAUGCUCACAAAUCUGUGCUAUCAACAAAAUGCGAAUAUUUUGACAACUUGUUUAUCGAAAAUUAUGAAGAAAAUAAUGUGUUUAAUUUUGAAGAACUCAGUUUUAUGGUUUUGAAAAGACUUAUCAAUUAUAUUUACACUCAGGAAAUGCCUUUUAUCAACGAAUUAAAUGUUGAAGAAAUGCUACGCGGAGCAGAAAUGUUCUACUUAAAUGAAGUAGGAAUAGAAUGUGUCGAUAUACUUUUGGAUCCUUUUCACGAAGAUAAUUGUUUAGGCAUUAAAAAUAAUAAAAAACCCUGGAGAAGAAGUUACGCUGAAAAAAACUUCAAGUUAGUAGCAAAUUCUUCCGGGUUUCUGAAAAAAAAUAUUAAAUACAUAUCAAAAUUAAUCCAGAGCAGUUGGUUAUUAGCUCAACAAGAACAAGACGUAUACGAUGCUAUCAUAAAAUGGAUAAAAUACGAUGAAAAGAAUCGAAAAAAGUUUUUGCCAGAAUUGUUAUGUAAAGUAAAGCUAGUGCUUAUUCCGCAUGAAUAUUUGACCGAAAUACUCAAUGAUCCGCUGAUCAAAGAAGAUUCAGAAUGUAAGAAUCUCGUUGAAGAUGCACGCAGACAUUUUAUUCUUAGAAACCCUAGAAUGUCCGAUUUCGAAGGUCCGAUUUCCAUGCCUGGAGUUGAACAAUUGAAAAUUUUUCAACAGAAUGAAGACGAAAGCCCGAGUAAAUCACUUCUGCCACGUUAUAAAUGUGUGGAAACAGAUUCUCCAUGUUAUGGAAAAGUGUCAAUCAACAUUGCUAGCACGUUGAAUGAAAUGCUAUCUGAAGAGUUCCAAAGUAUUGAGUGGAUUCAGGCAAUGGAUGAGACCAACUUUCUUAACAAUUGGGACGAACAAUGGAAAGAUCUUAAGCCUUAAAAAUUUGAUAACAACAAUGAUCGACGGGCGCGUUUUUAUUUUGAUAUUAUAAAAAUAACAAUUAUUUAUACCAUAAGAAUAUUGUUUACGUUAUGUUAAAGCUAUAUGCAGGGCUAUUCAAAAUGAUUCAUCCGAUUUCAAAUGCUUAUAUAUUUUUAAGUUUCCAUUAUACAGUAAUAAAAAAUACAUUAAAUAAAAGAAAAAUAUUUAAUUUUUAAUUAAUCAAACUUACACAUUUUCAAAAUGAGCUCUUUAGUCACACGAUCAUAUAAUCGGUAAUCGAAUUCGUUCUGUAUUUGUUGCAGCAAUUUACCUUUGCAAAUGUUUUCACCGCUAUUGUAAUUCGAUUUUUUAGCUCAUCAAUGGUUAAUGGCCAUGAUGAAAUGUGCACGUUAUCUUUAACAUAUUUCCAAAGGAAAAAAUCACAUGGCAUAAGAUCCGAUGAUUUAGAGGGAUAAUAGCAAAGUGACAAAUCAUAAGACCAAUUUACAACUAAUCCAACGGUUGGGGAGUGGUUCCUUUAAAAAGCCUAGUACAUCUAAAUGCCAGUGUUGGGUGGUACUCCGUCUUAUUGAUAAACGUUGUAAUCAGAAUCAAUUUUAAAUCUUUGAAAUACUCACGUUUAAACGUAAUGAUGGUUUGCUUUACCAUCUAAAUGGAAAAUUACUUCCGUCUCUGUAAACUAGGCGAGAAGCAACAUUUUCAUUUCGCAUUACCUCCAGCGUAAAAUUAUUAAAUUCGAGACAUUUCAAUUUAUCUUUGGACUUAAAUGCAUGUUACAGUUAUAACCUGUAUGAUUUUAUAGCCUUCUAAAAACACGCCUAAUAUUAUUUGAGUAAUUACCAGUUCUCGACUUGCGCGGUUGGUUGAUUUACACUAACUGUGUUGAAAACUGUCUCUAAUUCUUUCCACAUCGUUCUCAAAUACGCAUUUGCCUUUGCACAUAAACUCUGUAUCUUUAACCUAUUUAUACCAUCGGCGUAUGUCCUGAGCAGUCGGUACAACGGUCCCGUAACCACGUCGAAAAUUGCGUUUCACAGUUAUUACAGAUUCACACUUUAAAAAUUCUAUCACACAAAGUGCUUUGUGUUGUCCGGUCAUUUAAGGAAACCAACCUAUCGCCGUAAGCGAUCAUUUUAAAAUAACCAAUUAAUUAUAUUCUAUCCUUCUAUCCUAUUAUAUCCUUCUAAACUAGGAGAUACAUACUAUAAAUCGGUAUUAAAUUCGAUAGUGAUUUCAAUUAAUCAUUAUAUAACUACUAGAAAUCGAUUGAAUCAUUUUGAAUAGCCUAAUAUUAUAAUAUAAUUUAAAACGUUUGAAAAGUACGUACUUAAUAUACCUUAUCUUAUCUGUCCAAGACAUUAAAGUAAUGGUACUUAUGUCUAUAAUUACUAAUUAGAUACAUUUAGGACAGUCUAUACAAAAUUAAAAUACGAGUAUCUUUAAGUUGGCCAACCUAAAGGAUAAAUCGAAUUAAUUAGUGACACAAAUAAAAUUAUGGAACUAGGUAGGUACUUAUAAAAAAUUAUUAGUUAUGAACAUUUUCUAGGUUUUUUAGUCCAAAAUUUGGAAAAUCACUUCCAAUGAUUAUAAUAACGCUAACUGUUGCUGUAGUUUUGAAUAAUUAGAGUUUCAAACAAUAAUUACACAUAGGUAUAUUGGGAUAUUGAUGUAGAAGGUAAAAUAUUAAUGAUUCCCAUCGUAGUAAAAGUAAAUAGUUAUUAAUUAGUUCUAAUUAUUUUGAAAUAUAUAUAGUUGCCUAGAACUAGAUUAUAUAGAUUUAAAAAAUUAUUGUAUAACCUUUCGGUUUAGAAAAACUACGAGUACUAUUCACAUCAAAACAGGAUUACGAAAUCGUGAAAACAAUCACGAACGAACAAAGAAUAAUUAAUUCGCAUUUUGUUAUUCAUAAAACGCAAAUAUAUAUUAAUAUCUAAAUUAAAUUUUGAUUUAAUACUUAUUUAAACUCAGAUUUAAGUAAAAAAAUUCGUUUUUAAGAAUCAUGCGUGGUUUUUCUCAUAUAUCAACGUCAUUUCUUAAGACAAAAUAAUUUAACCAUUAUUGAUUAAGUAAAUCAUAAUUAGUUAAUAAUUUACAGUAGAAACUAUAGCCCGUUGAGAAGUCAAACCUUAUCAGAACAUCUGAAAUACUAAAAUUCGUUUAUGAUAUUAAAUAGUAAUACAUAUUUUAUUAUAAGUUAAUAUAAGAAAAGUAAGAAUUAAGAAAACUAUAUUGUAUACAAAAUAAUAAAAAAAAUUUAAAUUCUGUUUAAUACUACAUAUACUACUAUAUAUAAUACU